AACAUGGAGAGAGAGAGAGAGAGAGAGAGAGAGAGAGAGAGAGAGAUGAAAGCCAAGGGAGAGCUGCAGAAGAACGACAUUUAGAUGUUCUGGAAGUGCUUCAGAAAGGCAUUCCUUGGAUUUUCUCAUCAGAAUUGGUUACAGGACUGAACACAACCCGACAAAACUCAUAUGGAUUCCUUCUUUUUGACUGAGGUCACCGGUUUCUGGCACACGCACAGGAAAACAGCGGACUUUUGGAUCAAAGUGUCAGACUCGGCUUGUCAUUUUAAAAUUGACGGACAAAAACUGCACCCAAGGCAAUUGCAGGUUACGGUGCUGUGAGAACACCCAGUGGUGGUUCGAAGAUUACGAUUUGGUUGUGUGAGCUAUGCACUUCUGUGGUCGUCAAGUGAGGCUGAGCAUCCACAGACAUUUAGAUGUGUAUACAUAUUGUCUGAGGGGUUUGCUGACUGCACAGUGAGAAGAAGAGACAAGGAAGGGAUCACAUUCAGCUGCAGCGUGGAAAAUAUGGAUGAAAGCAAAACUUAUCUAAAAAGGCCUUGUUUUCUAUCUAAUAUGUAGAAGGAGGAUGCUUUGUGGAGUCACUUUUCUCAUGCACAAAAAAAGAAAUUAUACCCUGGUUUAUCACGGUAAUGCUGUUGAAUAUUAACAGAACUUUUGGAGUCACGGACCACCCUGAAAUACCCAUGAAGGAGUCAGACCAGACGAGGGAUAACCCCCUGUCCUGGGAUCUCGACCAAUGCUGGGGUUCAUUCCUAAAACCAGCUGCAUGUCUUCGCGUCAACACCUUGGAUUUCUCAGACCUCUGGGAUGAGGAAGACAGCACAGAGGACGAGGGAACCAACUCAACCACUGUACCAUCAACCUGUCUCCGAGCCCCUCCAGCACCCCCUCCUCUUCCUCCCCCUCCUCCGCUUGCCCCACCUUUGCCCUCGGCCUCGCAUGAAGAUGCUACCAUCAAAUCUCGCACCUUGAAGCUCCACUGGAGGGAACUGCAGAGUUUGGCUCCCCUUCCCAGAAUGACCCGCUUUGGGACGCAGACUAUUUGGUCCGGACUUGAGCCAGUCCACUUGGAUACAAACCGACUGGAGUACCUGUUUGAAUCUAAGGGCCAUAGCACCAGUUUUAAUGUGGUUUCUGGAAGGCAGAAGCAGCCGUUGGUCUCGGUGUUGGGGAUGAAGCGGAGCAACAUCAUAACCAUCGCCCUGAGCAGUCUGCCCCCUCCCCGCCUCCUCCCCCCUGCUAUCUACAGCAUGGACAGCAGUGUGCUGGACAGAGAGGACGUUCAGCGGCUUAAAGCUUUAAUGCCAACAGAAGAGGAACUUUGUCUGAUCAAGGAUGCCAAGGCCCAGAAUCCCCACUCCCCUCUGGCCCCAGCUGAGCUCUGUCUGCUCACUUUGGGGGAAAUCCCGCAUCUGAACUCUAGGCUUCAGCUGUGGGCCUUUGCUCUGGACUACGACUCCCUAGAAAGGGAAAUUGCUGAGCCUCUCUUCCAUCUGAAGUUGGCCAUGGAGCAGCUCGCAGCCAGCCAGACCUUCAGAUGUAUUCUAGCAACAGUGUUAGCGAUCGGUAACUUUCUCAAUGGAUGUAAGGCCCGUGGUUUUGAGCUGAGUUACCUGGGAAAGCUGUCCCAGGUGAGGGAUACACACACUCGUCAGCCCCUGCUGCACCACGUGUGUGUGCUUCUGAUGCAGCUCUACCCGCAAUCGUCUGACCUCUACUCUGACAUCACUGCUGUUACUAAAGCUGGCAAGUGUGACUACUCCCUAGUCCAGUCCAACAUCACCCAGCUAGAGGCCCUGUGCAAAGCAUCAUGGGAGCAGCUGAAGGUGCUGGACAAGGCAGAGGAGAAGAGGAAAGGAGGAAAGAUGGAGAAGAGGAGAGGACAAGAAGACGAGGCCUUGGCCUCGGAGGCCUCGCUCCGUUACAGGUUGCCGAAGAUUUUGAAAGAGUGCGAGGAGAGGCUGAAGGUCCUGCGAGCCGUCCAUCGCCGGGUUAUUAACAGGUUCCACUCUUUCCUCUUAUUCCUAGGCUACUCCCGGGCUAUGGUGAGGGACACCAAAGAGGAGGACUUCUGUAAAACCAUCAGUAACUUUUCGUUAGAGUACAGGACCACACGGCAGACCAUCCUCCUGCAGAGAGAGAGGGAACGGCAGAAAAGUGGAGCAGAAAGCCCAGGCCCUAACACUCCCGCAGCCAGAAGGAAACGUCAAGAAACGCCAACACAGGAAAAUGAGGAGCAGCGUAGGCUGGAGGAGGUGCUGAAAACACCUGAGUCCACCUCAAGACUGGACGUCACUCUGCCUCGAAACCGCAGGAGGAUGACUGACUUCCAAAGUCCUUUCUCACGGAAAAUGAAGUGGUGACGCCGUUGAUAUUACUUUCAGGAGCCAUGCGGUCACUGGUGCAUUAGAGAAAAAAAAAUGUUUGUGAAUGUUAUUUAUGACUGACUGCUGUUAAAAGGCACCGUUUCGCAGCACAAUAUUGUUUAACAGUUAGAGAAUGGACGGGAUUUUGCGUCAAUUGAGUUGUAUAGUAAAUAUGCAUUAAAAUGAACAAUAAAAACAGCCAUAUGAAAAAUAAAA